UACUCUUUUGCUUAAGAUAUUAUUAUUGAAAUAUAUAUAUAUAUAUAUUUAGGACGACAUAAUACAUAAUGGCGAUGAGAGAUCUUGUGGUAGAAUUCAGCCAUUUUUUGGCAAAGAUAAAACCAUACUUGUUAAUGGUCUCCCUCCAGUUUGGGUAUGCUGGGAUGUACAUAAUAACCAUGAUUUGCUUGAAACGAGGGAUGAGCCAUUGGAUCCUCGUUGUGUAUCGUCACGCUGUGGCGUUUGUUGCAGUCGCCCCUUUCGCUCUUCUUCUUGAAAGGAAAACAAGGCCAAAAAUGACAACCCGAGUAUUCCUCAAGAUCAUAGCACUUGGGAUUCUAGAACCUGUGAUCGAUCAAAAUUUGUACUACGUGGGGCUGAAGAGUACAACUGCAACAUACGCAUCUGCUUUCGUCAAUGUUUUACCUGCCGUAACUUUCAUUCUUGCGGUUAUUUUCAGGCUGGAAAAGGUGAACCUAAAAAAGGUAUCAAGUAUGGCAAAAUUGAUUGGAACUGCAAUAACAGUUGGUGGGGCCAUGGUGAUGACUUUGUAUAAGGGACCCGCCAUCCAUCUCGUUCCCCACUCCGCUAGCGGCGGCCACCACGCCGAAGCCGCCGGAAUAGUCGGCGUCCAGAAUUGGGUCACCGGCACCAUAUGUCUCCUUUGUUGCAUUGUUGGCUGGGCAGGCUUCUUUAUUGUGCAAUCGAUGACGUUGAAUGAGUACCCAGCAGAACUCUCAUUGGCAGCUUGGGUGUGUCUCAUGGGCGUGGUCGAAGGGGGAAUUGUGGCCCUCGUUAUGGAACGUGACAUGAGUGCUUGGGCUAUCGGCUUGGAUUCCAGGCUCUUAGCUGCUGCCUAUUCUGGUGUGGUGUGUUCAGGAAUAGCAUACUAUGUUCAAAGUGUGGUCAAUAAAAUGCGUGGCCCAGUUUUUGUGACUGCCUUCAGUCCAUUAAGCAUGGUCAUCACAGCCUUUCUAGCUGCUCUUAUCUUGGCCGAAAAUGCCCAUCUUGGAAGCUUGAUUGGAGCAUUUAUCAUAGUGAUUGGUCUCUACUUUGUGGUGUGGGGUAAAAGCAAGGAUAAUGAAAGUAUGGAGAAAGGCAAACUGCAAGAGUUGCCAAUUGUGAUGGAAAAAGAAAGGGGUGAAUCUCUGAACAUAAUCAACGCUAAGCUUCCAGCAGAAAACAUUCCACGAGAGGCUUAAUUUGGGAGAUACAGUACUUAAAAUAUGCCUGCAAUUUCAACUUGUAAUUUCAUAUUAUAUAUAUAUAUAUAUAUAUAUAUAUAGAUAUAUAUAUCAUCAAGAGCGAGGACCGAAUACAAUCGGCUACAAAAAUAUGAUGGGCGCAAUUCUGAAUUGCGAUAUAACGAAGUUCGGACUUGGGAUGUUAAUAUGUAAUGUAUCCACCAUAUAUGUAACUCUAUUCAUAAGUACGUUUCUUUAAAAUCCCAAAGCAAUUCUAUGCAGCGAUAACGUAUCCAUAUUAGUCUCUAUUGUUGAUCAAUUCUUAACUUAAAAUAUAAAUCAAUAAUUAAAUUGUGUGUAUUUAAUAAUCUUAUAAACGUUGU